AGUCCUCUUGUAUUAUUUCCAUUUUUGCGCUCAUGCAGUUUUCUUGUCCUCGCCAGGACCCAUGACAUAGGAUGAAGGUCUCUACUGCAAGUUUAGUUUGCUGUGCGGCCUUCCUUUCUGUUGUCCAUGUCGCUGCUUCUGAACCCUUGCCCGCGGAGUUUAUCUCGUCCACUUGUUCGGUUGCAGACCUGUGGGAGUCUUUCACAAGUGAGGGUACAUGUCCCACUGAGUUAUGGUCCACACUACCAGCUCUGCCGAGCACCGAAGCACUCGCUACUUUGGAAAGCCAACCAAUUGUGCCGAGAGAGUGCAUGAACAAAGAUAGGCCGACCGCGAACGUGACACCUUUCCAUGAGGAGUGUCGCCCUGUCUCUCAGUCAGGUGCAUUACAAGAAGAUAUGCCCACUCAAGUUUGUAGUGUAGAGGGCCAUCUGCCGGAAGCCACCUCUAGCGACACAAAAAGAGAGCCACCUGUGUCAACGCCCACAUCAGCUCUAAUGGGACAAACUCUACUGCCACUCUCCACCAAGCCUGCUUUACAAGAUAAUACUUUAGCACCUACAACCACUGCCACAGAAACUGUUCCCAGCGUCACGCCUGAUCAUACCGAUCAAACCACAGCUGCGACUUCUGCUUCACACGACUCAAGCGAUGAAAAAAGUUGUCACAGCCCAACGCUUUCCGUUGACCAAAUUGAGCACCCCACGCCUUCCAUACAGCCCAACAUCCCCAUUGGAAGACCUAGCACCGUCAAUUCAAAUAUAUCAAAAGAAAGAUUUAAUUAUGCAUCUUUUGACUGCGGCGCCUUGAUUCUCGCGAACAAUCGUGGGGCGAGUUCUGUCACUUCGAUCUUGCACAACAAUAAGGAUGCGUAUAUGCUCAACAAGUGCUCCGCAAAACGAUUUGUUGUGGUGGAAUUAUGUGAAGAUAUUCUGGUUGAUACUGUCAUGCUCGCGAACUUUGAGUUCUUUUCUUCCAUGUUUAAGGAUUUCCAAAUAUAUGCAAGCGAUCGCUAUCCUCCAAAGGACAAUGAAUGGACUCUCCUUGGUCAGUUUCGUGCGAAAAAUAUUCGGGAUUUUCAGUACUUUAAAGUGCAUAACCCACGCAUUUGGGCUCGCUAUCUACGCGUUAAUUUCCUCUCAGAGUACGGUCAUGAGUACUACUGUCCGUUGAGUAUGUUACGAGUGUACGGUACAACCAUGAUGGAAGAGAUGAAAGCAGAAGAGGAUAAUCUGGCAAUCACGAGCGGAGCAAUUGUUCCCCAGCCAACAGGGCUUAUUCCGUCGGCAAAUGCACCUUUUGAGCCCUCGCUGAUUCCCAUUCUGAACGCUGACCGAGUGCCCGUUCAGCGACAAACGUCCACCCGGGCGGAUAACGUUCGCACUUCACCAUCAUUGCCGUUGCCGGGACACGUGUCAUCAUCACAAUCCAAAAACACGCACAGUGGAGCGGCAACCGAUCAUCACGGUACAAGCCCAACUCCGCAUGCACUGGAAAAGUUGACCGGCUAUAGCGCCGCACGCCCAUCCUUUCCGCCGGAUUCGCUCUGGGAUGAAUGGAAGCAAAACGUGGUUGACCCAACACAGUUGCUUAUUUCCGAACGAUUUUAUGCCAGAAUGUCCACCGAACCAGAAGGACUGGCUGCAGAGUCUGGUUUUAUCCGACAGACCCCAGGCAAUGCCAAUGGUGAUGGAGUAUCUCCCAAUGGAAAUCAAGGAAACGGCGGCACGAACGGCGAGCAGCCAGUGGGCACUCCAACAGGUUCCUCCGGUGGGGGAACGCAAGAAAGCAUUUUCAAAACCAUGAUGAAGCGUUUAAGCAUUUUGGAACGGAACGCCACUCUUUCGUAUAUCUAUUUGGAAGAGCAAAGCAAGGUUCUGAACGAAAUCUUCACACGUGCCGGACUGCGAGAACAAGAGCGCUUUGAUGCCUUCCUUGCCCAUUAUAAUCGCACACUUUUCCGUAUCUACACUGAUUUGGUAAGUUCUUGA